AUGCUACAUAUAUCAUUCGUAAAGGGGCUGGCUUGAGAAGUUUCAUAGACCUUUGCCUCACUCUUAUCAGGGCUGUGAUUUUUACCACCAUAGCACUGAUGGAGCAGCGAUUAUUCAUGCCCCACUAUUUUGCUGUUGAAACUAUGGGACGUUAGGCCGCCAGAAACCUGGCUUUGUCAAAAGCAACACUUUUCAUGGAUAAAGCUCAGGCCUGACAGAGGUUUUCACUCCACAUGAUUCUUGGGGCGCAUAAAGAGGGUGAAGGAUCCGAGGGACGAAGUGCAGGCGCUGAUGGCGUGGACGAUGAUAAUCACGCGGGGUUGUUAGCGUCGACAGUGGAUGGACUUCAUAAUGACGAUGCAAAUAAUGUUCGAGCACGGGCCCUUGUGUAUGGUACCAAGGCGGUGGCAGUGUCGUCAAACAAGCAGUUGACAUCGAAGUUCAGGGGUGUAUGCUGGAACAAGAAAAACAAGCGCUGGCAAGCCGCCAUCAACUCUUCCGGCAAGUACCUGUAUCUCGGAUCCUAUGACACGGAGGAGGAGGCUGCAUCGGUAUUCGAUAAAGCUGCAAUCCGCGUUCGUGGGAACAAGGCCCGCCUCAACUUCUCCACUUCCGACUAUGUGGAUGCGGAUGGCAAGCUGCGGCCAGACCCCACCAUCGAGGGGUUGCUCAAUGAAGCUGCCAAUCCUGAAAAGCCCCGUCGGUACCGCACCGCUGCGGGCUGCGGCGGCGUCAGCGACGGCACCGCAACCCCGAAAUCAACACGCCCAACAUUGCCCCAGCCGGCACCCAACUCGGACACGGACGCGGCAGCAGGGGUGCAGCAGCCGGGAACCAAGGCAGCGACGCCCAUGGGUCGCGGCGCUGGCGUCCGUCGCCGGCGCGGUCCCGUUGACGAUGAUUCCAGUUGGUCAGAAGGGGAAGACGUGCAGCCGCGGCGGCAGCGGCGUGCGAUGCACGCCCUACCUGCCAACGCCAACGCUGGCAACGGAAAGCAAAAUGUUGGCGGCGGCAGCAGCGGCGGCGCGGGAGGGAGCGCGACGGCCGGCAGCACUGGCGGCGCUUCCCGCAAGGGCGGUGGUGGCUCUGCCGCCGCGGCGGCGGAACAAGGCGGCGAACUGGACUUGACUGCGACCACCACGGCAGGGGGGGACAUGGUAGACAGCCCGGUCGGCAGUAUUGAGGCUGGAAAGCUGGCCUCACUGGGUCAAUAUGCGGUCGGUGGCUUGGGCGUUCAAGUAGGGUUGCCUCAGCCCCGUGGCUCGGCCGGCGCUGCGGUCAACCCCAGCAACACGGCCGACAUGGCGGCGCACGCUGCGGCGCUGCAGAACCUCCGCCCUCGUGUCUCACAACUGGCGGCACAGUCGAUGUCCGGCGGUGGUGGAGGCAGCGCGGGCGCGGGCGGGCCGCCGCUGCUGACGCAGCUGUCAGCAGAGCAGCUGAAUGCCGUCGUACGAUUAGGGAUGAAGGGGGCUGACGGGCUGCCGUCGCUGCCGGACGCGCGGUCGCUACAAGCCGCAGCGGCGCAGCUGCAGCUGCAGAGGGACCUCCUCAUGCUGAGGGCCGCCGCAAAUGGCGGUGGAGAGGUGACCGGUGGCGGCGGGAUGGCGGGUGGCAGCAGCGGCGCGCAGCUGCAGUUGCAGCCCGAUGGGUCCCUGCAGCAGUUACAAAGCGAGCGCGACUCGGCGCUUGGCGCUGCUCAGAGGGGUGCCCAGCGGAACCGCAGGACCAGCAGCGGCAGCAAGGCCAAUGGCGCCGCCGGGGUUGCAGGGGAUGGCAGCGAAUCGCGGGGCUUGGUGGUGGGUGCGGGCCCAAGCGGUGCAGGGAACCGAAGCGCCCUGGCCGCGUUACAUCGCCUUUCACACAGCGGUGGCGGCGGCGGUGAUGGGAACGGCAUGCUGCCCCGGUGUGAGGCGCUCAGGGAGCAGUGGGACGGCAGGGGUGACGGCGGCGAGGACCUGCCAAGCGCUUUCCGACAGCAGGCGCAGAUGCUUCAACAGGCGCAGAUGCUUCAUCAGGCGCAGCUGAUUCAUCAGGUCCAGAUGCUUCGUCAGCAGCAGCAGUCCCGCGGUCUGUUGAGUGGUGGCGAUCAGGACCAGUUGGCCAGCAUGGGGUCACAUGUCACGUCCCGACGCAGCGCAGAGGGUCUCUUGCCGUCACGCACAAGCGUUUAUCAGCCCCCCAACCAUUGCGUCUUUCAGCAGCUGCAGGAGGAGCAGUACGGCACGAGCCGGCAGCACCAGCUGCAGCAGCAGCAACAGCACAGCAUUGAGGGCCCCGUUGCGCUGAGGCGGGAGGCGGCGGAGGUGCUUCCCCCCGGCACCCUGCAGCUGCUGCACCGCCAUGCUGCUGCGGCUGAGGGCAACCUACAGCAGCAGCUCUUGGCUCAGCUGCAGCAACGCGCACAGCAGUCACAAGCGGUGGCAGACGGAGCAGUGGGGUCUGCGGGGUCGUUGAAAGAGAUGCAGGCAUGGCGUCCGGUGAACGGUGCAAUGCCAGCAGCAGCCACAACUCAAUCCUUGCUGCUGCUGCACCAGCAGCGGCAUGACAAGCAGGGGCAGCUACUAGUGCAGCAGCAGCGACAUCAACAGCAGCCGCACCGGCGGCAAUCCUACGAAUUGUUGCAAGGGGGGCAGCGUUCCCAGGCGCAGCUUCGGCACCAGCAGCAGCAGCAGGCUAGGCCGCCUCUGACGGACAAGGAAGACAGGAUCAGCGGCGCCAAGGAUGGCGGUGAUGGCGAACGCGUGUUUGGUGACGCGCAUGACAGGGUCUCUGCGGGGCUGUUGGCUGGUCGCUUUGGCACGCUGAAGGGCACGGCCGGUGGUGGCAGCCCCCGCCGUAGCAGCGGCGCCUCCCCUUGCGUAGCAGCAGCAGCAGCAGCAUCUCCCCGAGGCGACGGCGACGGCGGACUAGCUUCUGCUGCUGCUGCUACUGGUGGCGCUGCUGGUGGUGGUUGCAGUGGUGGUUCCGGAGCCCUUGGCGAUGCUUUUGCCCAGAUUCAGCAGGCGUUACCCCCGGGGGCAGUGAUGGACGUGCUGGUGCCGUCCGCCAUGCCAAACGUGCUGGGGGUGCUGUACCGCACGGGAGCCAAGGACGGCGCGGCUGUCGGAGACGGCGGCGGCGGCGGAGGGUCAGCUGAUGAUGCCGGCGGCGGCGGCGGCUCCAUGUGCGUUGCAGUGUGGAACGGCAAAGUGCAGCGGCUGCGGCUGCUGGGCGCGUUCGCCACGGAGGCGCAGGCCAAGGCCUCCUGCCAGGCCGCGUUGGCGAUGUUGAGGGACCAGGAGGUAGCAGCGACGCUGGCGGGUCCCACAGCUGCUGGUGGCGGCGGGAGCUGUGUCGGAGGGCCCCGGAGCAGGUCGCCGGGGCCUGCGGUGCGCGACGGCAGCAGCCUGGCUAGCGGCGGAGCGGCAACCUCCGCCCUGGGUUGGGUGCCGGGCAUGGAAGGUGAUGAACCGUCGGCAGCAGCGGCUGCAGCAGCUAAGCUGGGUAGCCGGCAUAGCGGCGGCAGCAAUGCAGCGGCGGCUGCAGCGAUGCAGCUUGCGCUGUCUGGCGACGGCGGCGGGGGGCCCUCGGCGCAGCUGGCCGAGCUGUUGCGCCGGGCCGGUGCCAGCGGCGGUAACAACGUCUUCACGGCUGCAUCUGCCGGCCCCGACGCGGGUGUCGUCGGACCAGGCCUUUCACGCCAUGCCCUCAAUGUCGGAAACGGGGUUGCUGGCUGCGGCGGCGGUGGCGGAGAUGCGCUGCCGUACCAGGUGUACCUGUCAUCACCUGGCGGCGCAGGUGUCUCGCUGCCCGGCCUUGCCGGCUUACAACUCCUGACUUCUGCGGGAGUUCAGUCCAGCGCAGGCUCGCCUUCUAACGCGCUCUCCUCCCACAUGCAGCAGCAGCACCAGCAGCACCAGCCGGUGCUUGCAUUCGCGAUUCCGCCAUCCCACUCCAAACACGGCAGCCAUUGUAGCGGGCCUGGCGGCGGAUCUGCAGCUGCGGUUGUGCUUGAUUCCGUGAACUACCGAUUAGAGCCAAUUCUACUGGGACGCAUUGAAAAUGGAGGAAACGGCGCGCCUGCUGCUGCGGGCGGCAGUACACCCGUUGCUGCGCAGUCCCCUGCGAGCGACGGCGGGCGUGCAGCCCGCAGCAGUCGUGAGGGCGGCUGUGACGGUGGCAACAGUCGUCCCAGAUACGGUCAAAACCUCGGAGGCGGCGGAGGUGGAGGCCAAGGGUACCUUGCAUUGCAACCGGAUCCCUUGUCCAGCGGCGGCGGCGGCGGCGGGGAUGCCUCCAGAAGCAGCGCUGCGACGGAGAGCAACCGCCAAGGUGGCGGCGACGGCGGCAGCGGCGGCACGAGGGGCAUGCGGGCGGCAGCGACGGUUGACGGCGAAGUCACUGACGAGAGCGCUGUCACGGAUCGCAGGUCGUUGGGAUGCAGCUCGGAGAGCGCGACGUUUGCGGGCCAAGGUGGUUACGGCAGCGGUACGGUCUCAGGUCGCACCGGCAGGCGUGGGACAUGCAAGACCAAGCACAUAGCCGCCGGCGGCGCAAAUGGAGGGGUUGAAAGGCCGGGUUCGGCCAGGUUGGUUGGUUGCGGUGGGGGUGGGGCUGGCGGUCACAUGGAGGAUGGCGGCGAGGAGCGGUACGGCAGCGACCAGCGGGGGGAUACCGCUCGAACGAGGCCGUAUGCGGUGCGUGGUGAUGUUGUUGCGGGUGACGAUGUCGGCGUGACGGUUGCGAGUUCGGUGCUGAGGAGCGGGGACGGCGGGAUUGUUGCCCCCGGCACUGCCGACAACGGUGGUAGUUGGCUGCCUGGUGUUGGCGGCGGCAGCGAUGUGGAGGCUAUCGGAGCUGGGGCCCUGAGGGCUGAGUUUACUGCGUUGACGCAGCUAGCGAAUGUGGGCGUCCAGCAGGCCCUGAACUUAAUCCUGCAGCAUCAACAGCAGCAGCAGCGCCAAUAGAAGGAACUUGAACAGUGAACGAAAGCGUGAUGGUCGCUGACACCUGGGCGAAACACGGGCGUUGGGAUAAUUUGAACUCUUGUUGUCCUGAACUCAUGUGGCUGCACUGGUUUUCGUAGCAGCAGCAGCAGCCGGCUUGCUCCCUAUGUAGCUUUAGAAUCGCUUAAAGCACGGUGUUUUUCAGGUGGAUCCUGCUACUGGCUGAACUCAUGUGGCUGCUUCAGCGUUUCCCUGGGUUGCUGCGGCAAGGUGCACUGACUGUUUCUCACCGUUAACUGUUUCUCACAGCUGAUUGCUGACGAUAAGUAAUGGUGAAUAAUAAUUGUUUGGUAGUAUGUACCGGAAUUGUGACAUGGCCCCAUCGGUACUGCUGUGCUCCCAGGACUGUCACCACAUGCACAUGGAAGUGUUCACAGCAACAACAUUGGGUUACGUUGUGUGGUGUGGAAUGCGGCUAGUUGGCAUGCGACCGGUGUGGGGUUGUUGUUGUUAAUCACCACGGUAUGUUACAUAUUGCUUAUCACAAGCACUGAAUGCUCAUAGUAUGCUAGCUUAGCUUUUCAUGAGAUUGC